AUGGUCCACUGGGAUCAAGACCCUCACGAUUUGGGGAAGGGCAGCGGUUUCUUACUCGGCGUUAGCGUUAGGAAUCGGCGUAUCGUCAAAGUACCUGUCCAAGAGGGGACGAUUAUUUCGAACGGGUGGAACCCCUCGCAUUCGAACUAUUGCCAUAGUCGGACAACCUUUGCGGCAUCUUUUGGAAAGACGACGCCGUCCCGCUACUUGCGGAUGUCGACGAGGAGUGCAAAUAUUGGAGGAAGUUGCCGUGGAUGAGGCUCGCAGUGGAAGAAACUAUCUUGAUUGGUUGAGCAAAGCUUGUCUAGAUGCGCCUCCGCCACGGUAAAAUCUGGUCCACCUCUGCCAUCAGCACACACGGUCGUCGAGAACCCCUCAACAGUCCGCGGCGGCCGUCCGUGCUCACUCAGUUAGUGGGUGAGCGACUUGAACAAACCACAUUUCCACUGGAGCAUUUUGCUCAUUCGGGAUCACGUCAUAGCCUAGAGGUAAAGAGACUGGAAGUCAACAGAACGCCAGCAUUUGCGGCUGAAGCAGUGCCACACCCAAGACGCCACAUCGCCAACUCCUUCCUAUUUAGCACUGCCUCGUGCAUGCGUCCAAAUGGUCAGUCCACGAUCAUUGUUUCCAACGCCUGCUUUUCUCCUGACUUUUGGGGGUCUCGCUUCUCUGACCUCUCGUUCCCAGCCUGUGAAAGGGAACGUUCUCCGCCAGCCCUCCUGCGGUUGACCUCACGGCCUCUGAUUGGAAUUUGCAAUGGUAAGUAGGGUGAUAUAAUAGCAAAAUCUAUUCAUCCUACUGAUCACGCCGCAAUUUGGCGUGGAAAAAGCCACCAUGGCGUAGCCAAUCUGGCGCUGUCGAGAUUGACGUCUCUUUCAGGACCACCGUCCUAUAAAGCAU